CCAGGUAUCAGACAGGGUUCGAUACCAACAACUUCUUCUUUAACAAUCCUCCACCUAGCCUCGUGAAACGACUCAGUGAGAGUGACAGUGAUAAGGAAAUUGUUCCGAUGAAAGAGGAACCGAAGGUUGGUAAGACGGAGGAGAGUUCUAGCUCCGACUCUGAUGAGAGCAGUGAUAGUGACAGUGAAACUAAGGACUCGGAGGAGGAGGAGCUCAAACCUCCGAUCCUUGAUUCGGAGGACAAGGAGGAUAGCGAUGAGGACCACCCAGUGAAAGACUUCAACCUCGCCAGCUUUAUUAAGCGUGAGGACAAGACCCCUCCGACGAGCAGUGUCCGUACCCUGGAUCCUAGUCCCAGGCCCUAUAUACCGACCCCUAGCCCUGCACACAGUAUACCACAGAGUACCCUACCCAGCCCUGGAUUCAUUAAUGUCCCUGAACUCCUUGGACCUCUCUCCCCUGAAUCCCCAGCUGGGAAACAUGAUAUUGAUAAACAUUUUGAUUAUAUAAAAAAUAUACCUGACGUUAUUGAUCCCAUGGGACCAGAUUCGGAAUCUGAUGAUGAUAUUCAACUUAAACGGAAAUCUUCCUCACUUGAAACCAACCGGAAACCACCAGCGCCGGAAAGUCGGCGAAAGCCCUACAGGAAACGGAAACGUGAGCCGGACGUCAAACCUUCCAUUAGCAAAGAAUUUGUUGAAUCUGAUUCGGACUCAGAUUCCCGUCGGGUUGUCAAGAAACCGUCUCAUAUCCGAGCCACAUCCUCAAGUCCUCUGAAAGUGCACAGUCCUCGGAAACCCCACAGCGCACAGUCGACCCCAGUUCGUCGCCACCAGAUGAUAAAGUCUCCUCAAUUGUCAGAAUCAGAUGAUGAAGAACCUCCAGCGGUGGCUAAGGCCAAGCAAGAGACCGGAAACCACAAGAAAAAAGCUCUACUCGCCAUGUUCGGCAAGAAGGCUGCUCUGGGCAAGGGUGGAGGGAAAGGAAAGGGAGGAAAAGGCAAGAGUGGUGGAAUAAAUUUUAUAGUUGGAGAGCGGGGAGAAGACGAGGAGUAUGAGAGGAAUCGUGAAGUUCAGAGAAGCGUGUCUCCUGAACCUCAAAUCCAGCCAAAAGCGGAGUCCAAAUCUAAGUCAGAGCGGAACGAAUCUCCGCGGUUACCUAAAUUUGAGGUUGUUAAACAUAUGGAGGUUAGUUCUAAAGAACGAGGUCCAACGAAACCCCUCCCGACUGUAAGUUAUAAACCUAAUGGCCGGCCUUCCCUAAUAUUUUCUGUACCAUUGACGAGAAUUGGCCGAAGUCCCGCCGGUCAUCGAUGGCAAAAUGCAAGAGGUAAGAAAGGGAAGGAUAGGUGGAUAACUAAAAGUGAUAAUGAGAUGAUUAAAAAACCCAGUGAACCUUCCCUUAGUGAACGAACUCUUGAUGACGCACGCUUGGAGCCUCCUGACCGACCCGGCUCCGCGCGCAGAAGCUCAUCUCGAGAUAGACACGGCUCAGGAGCUUCCCGCUCGAGUGUGCGAAGCUCCCAUAGGAAGGAAUGUGAUAGGACGCUUGAAACUGGUGAGGAGGUGUUGAGUGAGUAUGAUAGGAAGAGACGGGAGCGGGAAUCUAGUCCGGGAUUUGAUCCUGAUCCCUCGAGUGCCAAGAGGUUGCGGGAGGAUGAGGAGUACAAUUCCUCCCUUCCUUCAUCCUCGCUCCCGCCAGCACAUCCAACCUUUCUACCCGGUAACGGAGGGUGCUUAAUGCCUCCGCCCAGGCAAUCAUCCUCUUUAUCCUGUCUGCUCUGAAGCAAGAGAAGGAAGGAGAAACCCACAGUGCCUUUAAUAUAUACGAUCAAACACUGAGGUUGAUAAAAUACGUGAUGAAGCCGAUGUUAUCUAAGAAAAGCUCUGAAAAGUCGAGGGAGAAGAAGUUUCCCCCACCUCCUCUUUCUAGGCUGUUGGUGAUGUCUAUGAGAGCACAGAGUCUUCUUAACCUCAAGAUGUACAAACUCAAGAAGCAUGAGCUCAAGGAGCUACAGAAGACUAUCAGUGAUGUUCUCAGCAAGUCAGAUAAAGACGAGGACAACCAGCAGGUUGAAAAUCCUCAUAUCUCUCCUACCCCAAGUCCUGCAGGGAGCGAGGGUAGUAAUAGUAGCAAGUCAAGCGGAUAUACAAGUAGUGGAGAAGGGCGUGUCCACGGUGUGCUGACUCCGCCCACCCUGCCUCCUGUCUGCCUCUCCCUACCUAAGAAAACUCUGCAGAGACAGUUUAAUAUUGCAAGUUACCUCUCUCAAUGCCAUGAACUCUGGGAGCAAGCAGAUUUAUAUAUAGACAGAGGCAGCUGUAUAGAAUUUUUCCUCCGUCUUGAUGAAGAAUGCGGAGUAUUGAAUCUACACUCUACUCUCUACCACCUUGUCAUGUAUACUAGGAAGGGUCUAGAGUAUAUAUCACAGGAGCUUCCCGUCUCUCAUAGGAGUCCUUUGAAUCCUCGCAGUUCAUAGGUUUUAAACACAACCUCAAUUCAUGAAGUUCAGAAAAUAUAUCAGUCUAACCAGACUACAGUUCAACCAGACUAAAGUUAUUCCAACCAGACUAAAGUUUCGUUCAACGUGAAUAUUGAAUACCGCCAAAAGAGACUAUAGUUCGGUUUAACACGAUAAAAGUGUCGUCCGACGAGACUAAUGUUCAGUCCAACAUAGUUCAACCGAACUUAUCGAAUUCUUCCAUCGAAUUUCCUUUGUUAGGUUCCGCCAAAUAUCAAUUACUUAAUCUCUGUUCGGAAUUUUCAAUCUACAAUCUACAUCCUAGGGUCCAGGGUUGGCAACUGGGCAGGCAUUUUUUUCAAUUCUAAAUCAUUAAGAAAAAGAUUUUUUUUUAUCAGAAUUUUCCAAGAAAUUGUUUUAACACAUCAGUCAAUGGUUUUUAUUAAUGCUGUAAAGCUAAUAAAAGGGGAAAGUGAGUUUGACCAAUUUGAGAAUCCUGUCUUCAUGUUUUGAGAAAUCUGAAUGAAAUUUUGCAUAUUGACAUAAUUUGUGUUUCUUUUAGUAAAAUAAAAAGUUUGAAUUCAUGAAUCCGGAAAAUGUGAAAAAUAUUAACAAAGUAUAUAAUAAAAUGGGGGGAACUAGGGGGAAAAGUUAUCUGAAAAACCUUAAACUUCGUAGUAAUGUUAGUAAUAAGAUUCUGGUGAAAAGCUUUAAAAAAAAAACAUGGAAAAAUGGGGAAAAGUGAAGGAAAUUUUUUCCACAAUUUUUGUUUUAUUUAAAGGAAACACAAAUGAUGCCCAUAUGCAAGAUUUCAUUCAGUUUCCUCAACAAAUGAAGACAGGAUUCUUAUAUGUAUUCAAAUUGGUCAAACUUACCCUCCCCUUUGAUCAAAAUCCUGGUAUAACUAGUAAGUUCUUCAUUAUUUUUAGUUAAGAUAUGCUUCCAUUCUCCCCGUCCUAGAACCUUUAAGAAAAUGGCCGAAAUCAAGUCCACAAAAGAAUGGUUUUUUAGUUUGCAGCUGAUAAAUCGGCAAACCACAUUAAUAAAAACAUUCUUCAAAGGAAUUUUCUUAAGUUAAUUCUUAUUUAUUUGGUAAAAAUUAUUUUUCUUCCUAUACAAAGAACAAUGUUCUUUGAUGGUUGUUAGAGGCGUAUUUAAGGGAGGGGGCAAUUGGGGUUAAACCGCCCACCCUCACCCCGGUCAUUAAAAUCUAUAUUUUGCCGCAUAGUUUUGGGCCCCCAAGGAACUCCGCCCCCCCCCCUGUAAAGAAAGAUAUGCAAGGCCCCCUGGAGAAUAUCCUGAAUACGCCCCUGAUUGUCGUUUUCAGUUUGGAUUCGCCAUUUUCUAGAUGAACAGUGAUAUGUAAUAGAUAAUUGAAUUGAGGGAACAUAGAAAUGUACUUAACGAAAGCAGUCUUCAAGUCUUUUCCAUGGGAUUUUAAUGAUAUUGAAUUCAAAUUUUUACGGCAUAGAUUUAUUUGAAAUUAACACUAACCUAGUUCUAAUUCCGAGUCCAGGUUUGCAUCAAAUUGGGACUGAUUAAAUGAAAUGUAGCUAUGUACGUGUAUGUUUAUAUAUAUAUGCAGUAUCGUUUUCUUUCCAGAAUUGAUUUAAUUCUCUAAAAUCAUUCCCGCCUUAAACAAAAACAGCCUUUAAAUAGGCCUUCUAUGCAUAUUCGGUCUUAUAUUUUACGAUAUUCUGAAAAGAUUUAUUUAUUUUGCUGAUUUCACUGACAUUUCGUUAAAAAUGAUUUUUUUUGUUGAACGCUAUUGUCAAAUGUUUGGCUUAGGUCGAACGUCCUAUGUUAUUAUUAAUUGUAGUAUAUUUAAGUUAUAAAUGUUAGUUAUUUUUCAAUUAAAAUUUCACAUCUAUAUAAUAUCGGCAAGAUUUCUUCAAUAUUGGACGAUUACAUUUGUGACCCCUGAAUAAGGGGUAUUUACUAUAAACAUAAGAAGGAAAAUAAAUAUUAUGAAUAUGUUA